AGCAGAACACUUCCUGGGCACGCGGCUAUUAUUAUGCACGCUCAAUGUGUUGAGAACGUUCAAAUGGGUCUGCUGACGUGACGAGCCUCCACUACCCAACAUUAGCUAAUUGAAAAGGAACCUAACACGACUUGGAAAGGAAUUGGUUGUCCUCUUUCUUAGGUUGGCUACCGUAUUUUUUUCAACCUGGAUAGCUGAGUAGAUAGCUUAACUAACAAUCGCCAUACUUGGUGGAUUUAGACAGAAACAUGGAUAUGGUUUUAAUCCCUGCAAACACUACCGCACUUUUGCUGGAUAUUGAAGGAACCACGACACCAAUAACGUUUGUGAAGGACAUUUUAUUCCCAUACAUCAAAGAUCAUCUUGAAGAGCAUCUGUCUGCGCAUUGGGAAGAAGAUGAAUGCAAACAAGAUGUGCAUCUCCUGAAGAAACAGGUUGAGGAGGACCUGCGUCUGAACCGAGCAUGUGCACAGCACGCCCUGGACCAGUCUGGGCACACGGACGAGGAGAAAGCCAUCAGAGAGGUGGUGGACAACGUGCUGUGGCAGAUGGCUUCAGACAGGAAGACCACAGCCCUGAAACAGCUGCAGGGACACAUGUGGAGGGCGGCCUACACUGCUGGGAGAAUCAAAGGCGAGCUGUACCAGGAUGUGGUUCCAUCCAUCAGGAGGUGGAGACUGCAAGGCCUGAAGGUCUAUAUCUACUCAUCUGGCAGCGUGGAAGCCCAGAAACUACUGUUUGGAUACUCUGUAGAGGGAGAUGUCCUAGAUCUAUUUGAUGGCCACUUCGACACCAACAUAGGCGCCAAAGUAGAAAGUAAAAGCUAUGAGAGAAUUGCGGAGAGAAUGGGCUGCCUGUCUGAGGAAAUCAUGUUCCUGACAGAUAUCACACGGGGUAAGUGUUGUAGCAGGCAAAUGAGUUCAACGGUGAAUGCUCUUUACAUAUUGUUUGGGCCAGAGCCUUUCUACCUAGCUGGAUCAGCCUCCGAAGCUUUGCCAACCUUAGCUAUGACUGAGUUCCACAGUGGAAUUUCCCACUUGCUUGUCAAAGGGCUUGUCCUAAACUACAACAACCCAGCUUGCAUUAGACAAGUACAUAUGCUGCUUAUAGAAUAUCAAAUGGGCAUAUUUUAACUUGUAUUUAUUUUCCUGUUUUAUGGACUGUUUUAUGGACACGCAUGUUCUCAAUAACCUAUUGGGUAACAUGAAGGAAGAUGAUACGUUUACCUGAUAACUGAAGCCAUGUAGCUAGCCCUGCUUUAGAGCAGAAUAGCACUUGGAAAGGCUGUUCUAUCAGCGUUAAAUUAGUACAGUGUUAGAGCUAUAUGCUGUACUGCAUCAGAGUGCGAGCCUCCCCUGAGGUAUGGCGACUACAUGUCUCGGAUUGCGCGGGACAGUCCAGCAGUUUGGCCCUUUGUCCCCCAUCCCGCAACUAUACUGUUAUGUCCUGCAUUUUAUCAACAAAUUAAAAUUUCUUAUUUUACAUUUGUCCCGUUUUUCAUUCGAACCGGUCUCUUGCAGUUAGGCUUAUGGAAUGAUGUAGGCCUAUAUCAUUAGGAUUUGGUACAGGGGUGUUGAACACUUCUCCAAUCGUUGCUGAGAUCUGAUUCUGUGCAAGACGAGACACAGGCCAAUGUCAACCAAUGACAUUUCUCAAAUCCUUUCGGGCUAAAUUCCAGCUGAACUCAGAGGACAGUUAGGCCUAACUACUUACAAAAAGCUGAUGAAGAGUAAGUCCACAGCUGUAUUAGACUGAAAGAUGGGCUAUAGGGUGAUUGUCAAACUUGAGGCUCUCUAUGCUCAUUAGUUGCUCAUUCAUCAUAUUUUCUACUACUUCACUCAAUCCCGUUAUACAUUCCCUGAGACCAACCAGAAAUGUUUCCUUGGCCACACACUCCCAGAUUUUCAUAAAACAGCCACAUGUGGUGUGUGUUUAUUUAUUUAGUUUUUUUUUGCGCAUCACCAAAAGAGUAGGCUAGGUGUGCUUCAGUUGGCUCAUUCAGUGCAGCGGGAGAAGGGGUGUAGUGCUGCAGGAGCAGUGCCACUUCUUACAGUGGUGCUCAUCUAGUAAAGUUGGAUCAAAGCUGAAUCCAUGUCUUGGAAUAUCACACGGUUGAAAUAGUAUUCUAUAUAAUAGCAUAGUAUAAUGUUACUGUUACUAAUUUCUUGAGAUUUUAAAAAUGGUUAGCUGAAUAGUACAUUUAUAAAAAAUCAAAUGCAAUCAAAACUCCACAGCGAGGCAGAAUGGGAUUUUGAUUGGAGAGAAGAAAAAAAAACUAAGGCUAUAUAGUUUAACACAAUCUUUUCUCAUUUUCUCACAAAACAGUCAU